CCUUACCUCGCUGAGUUCAGAAGAAAAUGUGUGCGCGUCCCCGCGCCUCUCAGCGCGCGCUCGAAGACACUAAAAUACCGGAGUGCGCUCCUCCAGAAACACUGAGGCUGCUGCAGGGAUGUUUGGAUGAUGUAGCCUACUCCGUUAUAUAUCACAAAUAAACCAGACUGUCUGCCACUAACCGAAGCUUUGACGACUUUUUUUUCUUUUGAACUAUGAUAUCCAUGGAAACUCACAAGUAACCUUGGCAAACUCAGGACUCUUUGGAAGUUUUAAAACCUCAAUAGCCUACGCGUUAAAAAAACGCCACAGAAAACUCGACAUGAAUGUUUCGCAAGGGCUACUGAACCGGACGAUCUCUUCAGUGAAGCAGCCUUUGGAAAGCGUCCGAGGAUGCUGCAACUUGUCGUUGAUCACCAGCGACGGGCUCGGUUCACCGGUUCAGGACGAGCACGAGCAGUUCAUCAUGCGUUUGGUGCAGAUCGCGGUUCUCUGUGUGCUGUCACUGACUGUCAUUUUCGGCAUCUUUUUCCUCGGGUGCAAUCUGCUCAUCAAGUCCGAGAGUAUGAUCAAUCUGCUGGUGGAGGACAGAAGACCUUCUAAAGAUGCGGAAAUUAUGAUUGCUGCAUGAGUGGAGUAGGUUAGACCGUGCCAUAAACCUGACAUGUCAAUUUCGCAUGAACGACACCUGUUGGGAUGAUUUUCAUGCCAAUGCUUAACUAAAUGUUUUUAUAUAAUUUUAAUUUAAUUUUGGACCAGAACCUAAUGUUGGGAACAAUG